UUGGCUCGGCCCAGGCAGGAAGAGUGACGUCUCAGAACGACUCCCCCGAGAGCCUCCUUCCCCGUCCCUCAGCACACAUUCCCAGAAGAGCCCUCCGUCCGCCCUGCCCCUGCCAUGAGCCUCGGCCUCCUGUGCUGUGUGGCCCUGGGUCUCCUGCAGGCAGGGCCCGUGAAUGCUGGCAUCACUCAGACCCCCGCAUUCCAGAUCCUGGGGGCAGGACACAGCAUGACGCUGAGAUGUGAACAGGACAAGGACCACGACUACAUGUCCUGGUAUCGACAAGACCCUGGACAUGGGCUGCGGCUGAUCCAUUACUCCGUCAGUGCUGGUACCACCGAGAGAGGAGAAAUCUCCAACGGAUACAACGUCUCUAGGUCAAAUACAAAGAACUUCCCUCUCACGCUGACGUCUGCAACUCCCUCCCAGACAUCUGUGUACUUCUGUGCCAGCAGUGACUACACAGCGCUGCACAGCUGUCUCCUCUCUGCACAAAAAAAGGCAGGGGGAGGGCCUGCGCCCCGGGACUCGGCAGAGCCCUCGGCACACUCCCAGCCCCCCCGCCCCGACCCGAGCCCCAGAGCCCCGAGGGGCCCAAGCGCCCAGAGUGAACCUCGGUGUGGGCUGAGGUCCGUCUGCAAGGCACUGACAGCCUGGCCUGGACCCGACCAGACCUCAGGCGGCCAUGUCUCCACCUCUGGUCUGUGCUCUGAGCCGCCUGGCUGGCUGCGAAGGUGCUUCCCCAGCUCUGACUGUUCUACCCCCUGCCUAAGUCUGAUGCUUCCGGGAUGGAAAUUGUUCGCACUGGGUAAACAGCACAAUGUGUUAUUAACAAUGUGUUAUGAAAUCAGAUCUAUCUAGACGCCCCCCUCCUUGUCUCCCCCUGGCACCUCAGGGCAUUGCUCUCCGAUGCCCGGGGGGGACCCUGCUCCCCCCAGCCUUUCCAUAGGGGCAGCCCCAACAAGGCCCUGCUGGGUCUGUCCUCUAGCUGCCUCCGGGCCCAGCUCGCACAGCUCGCUGGCCCUCGGCUCUGGCCACACUGCUAGGCCCUCAGUUCUGCCAUGUCCCUUCCCAUCUCAGGGACAUCCAGGGCUAUUUCCUCUGCACUGGGCAUGAGUCCUUCCUUCUUGCAAUGGCUGACGCCCACUCAUGCUCCUGUUCAAGGUCACCCUGGGUGGCCUGCCCUUUCUGGGCCCACCUGUUUCCAGGGGAAUGGCGGACACAGCUGGUGUGUCUCUGUUCUAGAUUUUCCAGACUUUUCUCUCAAUCGGUUUUAUUUUUUUUUUUCUUCAACGUUUUUAUUUAUUUUUGGGACAGAGAGAGAUAGAGCAUGA